AUGCUCGUAAUCUACCUCCUAUCGGCGCUCCUCAACGACCUCUCGCCCCGCGACAAGUUUGGACAUGGAUUGAUUGGAGUUAGCGCGCUCACAUUCGACGCGCACACGCAUCGGCUCUGGAAGGAUAAUGAAUUCGCAGUCAAAGAGAUUGAGCAGCAGAGGUUGUGCAGGGACGGGAGUAUGCCACAGCUGGAGAAGAUUGAGCCCAAGGGCGAGCUUACAAUGUACGAGUUUGCCUGUGACAAAGGGUCUCAGAGGAAUACAUCUCUCGGUACUAGAGGACUUUACGAGCGACAAAGUGCCCCUAUAUGCACAACCUCCUGUUCUCAAGAGUGUUAUCGUCCUGCGGAUUAUAUUCCGGAUCCGGCUGACUGCAGAAGUAUUGCAGACGAACUAAAGUCGCGAAACGAUAGUUUGCCUAUAGGUGCUGGAGUAGUGCAAGCAAUCCGCCGUAAUACGUGCAUGUAUAUGUUGGCGAACCAGGGAGAAACUGCUCUCAGCUUUUGUGGCUGGGCUUUGGGCUCAAUCGGUGAAUCCAUUGCAACGAACUGUGGAGCAGGCCAGGCUAAUCCAGCCAAGGGUGGAAUCUGCAGCAACUCCGAAUUCUACGUUACAGUUGUACGCACCCCAAAUAAACCCGUAUCCUCGAGCUCCGACUCCAGCUCCUCGACAUCCGGUGGUCAUCCUGAUAGCACAGCAAAUGCAAGCGUUUCAAGUCCAACUUCAACAUCAAGCAGUAACGCAAGGUUACGUGACCGGGAUACGAUGAAUAUCGCGGCUAUUAUAAUGGGGGCAAUCGGAGGUGUCACAAUCUUUGUGCUUGUUGUCAUUCUUUUCAUCCACCGCGCCAGGAGAUUUGCAACCCUACAAAGCAAAAAGGGAGAUUUGUAUCUGCUGCCAGAGCCGCAGCCCGCCUCCUUUCAGAACUGUGAACCGUCCAAGAUUCCGUCCAGAUCCAUGUCACCGACACAUGCCACUUUGCAGAAGUCACCUUCCGUUUGGCGAGAAGAAUCUGGAAUACCCGUGAUACCGAGCGAGGACACCACGGGGUCUAUCAGUCUCGACAUUUCAACCGCCGAGAGUCAGUCAUUGGAGGGUACUCAGUUGCCUGGAAUCACAGGACCAGCACCCAGAGUAGAGGCUCUGAUCGCAGCGGCAGCGCCUCCAGAAAUGUCACAAGAGCAUAUCAACCUACUCGCGGCAAACUUUGUAUCGCUCGUGAGAGGACGGCAGGUUCUCGAUGAAGAAAUGGGGGAGAAUGGGGAGAACGCGAUGCAGCAGCCACCACCGUACCAAUAG